GCCCGGUAACGGUUUGUUGAUUAGUGAGCGAUGUGACGAGACCUCAGUAACAACAUGAAACUCAAGCGGUUUCUCAUCAGAUAUUAUCCACCAGGUAUAAUCCUGGAAUACGAGAAAGGAGGAUAUUUGAGGACCAAAUCCAUCGACCUUCUGGAUUUGACUCCAGAAGCAAACCCAGAUGAACUAGUGGCAGAAAUCAGGCAGUCGGAGCCCCUGAUCACAGAGUCCCGGGCUGAACAGGUCAAACUACUGAUCCUUCGACUACAGCAGAAACAAAGCCAGCAGGACCACCACAGGUUCUGUUUCUGCAAGGAGCUUAAGUCACACAUACUGCCACUAACAAAUGUUGCCUUUGACAAAUCUGGGUCAAGGUUUAUAACUGGGAGUUAUGACAGAACAUGCAGAGUUUGGGACACAGCCUCUGGCACGGAGCUGCACUCACUGGAGGGCCACAGAAAUGUGGUGUAUGCAAUAUCAUUUAACAACCCCUAUGGAGACAAGAUUGCCACAGGUUCUUUUGAUAAGACCUGUAAACUGUGGUGCGCAGAGACCGGAAAAUGUUUUCAUACUUUCCGGGGACACAUGGCAGAAAUAGUGUGCCUGUCAUUCAACCCCCAAAGUACACUGGUGGCCACAGGCAGCAUGGACGCCACUGCCAAGCUGUGGGAUGUGGAGAGUGGGGAGGAGGUGGCCACUCUUACUGGUCACACUGCAGAGGUCCUGUCUCUUUGCUUUAACACAGUGGGUAAUCAGCUUGUCACUGGCUCCUUCGACCACACAGUUGCCAUAUGGGAUGUAGCUUCAGGAAGGCGUAUCCACACUCUGAUUGGUCAUAUAGGUGAAAUAAGCAACGUUCAGUUUAACUGGGACUGCUCGCUUAUAGUGUCUGGUUCCAUGGACAAAACCUGCAAGUUGUGGGAGGCAGCCAGUGGGAAGUGUGUGGCCACCCUGGCUGGACACAAAGAAGAGGUGUUGGAUGUGUGUUUUGAUUUAAGUGGUCAGCUCAUUGCUACUGCUUCUGCAGAUGGUACAGCACGAGUGUUUAGUGCAACCACGCAUAAGUGCCUCUUGACACUAGAAGGCCAUGAUGGUGAGAUCUCCAAGAUCUGCUUCAGCCCUCAGGGCAGCAGGGUCUUGACAGCCGGCUCAGACAAGACAGCUCGUCUGUGGGAUGUUCAGUCUGGAGUGUGCCUGCAAAUCCUGGAGGGGCACACUGACGAGAUUUUCUCCUGUGUUUUCAACUACGAGGGUGACACCAUCAUUACAGGCAGCAAGGAUAACACAUGCCGAAUCUGGUACUGACCCCUCAGAGGCUGAGCCUGGCAUAUACAUGGACACAACAGUCAGUUUGUAUCAUUUACUCUGUACCUGUUUAAUUAUGAAUGACAAGAGAAAAUGUAAUUCUUGACAAAAAGUCUGCCUUUCAAGCUCUGUGUGUAAGGUUAAGGUGGUAAUGGAAGUUAUCACAAUGUGGAAAAAUUGUUGAUAUCAUCACAAGUAGUUAAAUUGUUUAAGUAGGUUCUAGAGACAAUGGCACAGCAAGACGACACUUUAAACCCCCUUAGUGAGUAUCUGUGACCUUCAAUUUUGCAUUGAUAUUGUUUGUCAAUACAGUUUGGUAUUAACGGGCCGUACAUAGAAGGUUCUCUAAUUUUUCAUCGUCAUCUCAACUGAACAUUCAAAUACACAUAUAUUUUCACAAUGAAAUUUGUAGCUUUUCGUAGCUUACCUAGCUAGCCUUCCUUAAUUUGUUUUUAUUUCCCCACAAAUACAGGCUACUGCCACCUGCUGGUCUGGAGAAAUAUUUUCUCUCACAAAGGGGCAGAAUGGGCAAGUUUGCUAUUAGCUGUAGUCUUUGCAAUGUAAUCAAGUCAAUGUUUUCAACGUUUGUUGUUGGUCUGGUAUGUCCGGCCCUUAAAGGAAUAGUUUGACAUUGUAGAAGAUAGACUGUAUUAUGUUUUUUUGUUUUGAAAAGGAGGAUACAUUUUACAUCAUAUAUGGAGCUGAGAACAGGAGGUUAGAUAGAAUAUUGCUAGUAGAAUACACACGCAAGUAAUUUAGCAUGUUGUAUCUCAUUUUAAUCUGAUCUACACCAUUACUGUAAUUUUUAAUUUUACAUCAUCUUAUGAAAUAUAGACACCCAGUAUACCCUAGUACCAUAGUCUUGGCUGCAACCUCAAAGUUGCAACCUGCAAAACGUCAUGUCAGUUUUUUUUAUUUAUUUUUUAUUUUUUGCGCAUGUAACUCUUGUCAUUUAUAUGUGCACAGAAAUCAGAAAUAACAGCCAACACAAAUAAUACUAGAUUGUAUCAUCUUACUCUUGUCAAGAGAAGUUAAUUACAUAACUUGUUAAACUACUGAAUUUCUCUUACUUUAAAUGGUGAUCCAUGCAGUACAAAGUCUUUAUAUUUAACCGUAUUCAUGCAUGAGCAUACCUGUAAAUAUCUGCCUCUGUUCUAUUUCCCUUAUAUCUUCAUUCUUAACACCUUGCAUGUUUCUGGGAUGUGUACCUAAGCAGUAUUUUCAGAGUACAUAAUACAAUGAUAAAGAUUUAUACGGGGGCUUUCUAGCUGUUAUUCAGAUGUUAUCCAUAAAUCAUGGCUGUUUUACGCACUCACUGCUCCUGUGACCUGCUUUUAGGAAUUCAGACAAUGCCGUGUCACACUAAUGUGAAUGAAUGUGCUUCUGAACAGUUUUUACUGCCCCCCUGCUGAAUGUUAGAAAUGAUCCAGACUGCUUGUACUUCACAUCACAGAAAUUUAUUGAUGUCAAAAGAUAAAUACAUUCAGUUCUACUGUGACAGAGUUUA